CUCUUUUUAAUCAUUUGACCACUGUAAAAAUGUUAAAUAAUUGUUUUAAUCGGCUUAUCAAUGUGUCGUAAAACAAACAAUGUUUCAAUAGAAACUAAUUUGAGUCACAUUUCUGUUAAAUCUCAUUGGCAUUUCAAGUUCUACUGUUUAGUUUUGUAAUGUUCAUUGCUUUUUGUUUUACAAUGUUCGUUGAAUUUUUGUGUUAUUUGGUGCUUGUUGAUUUCGUGAAUUAUGGUUACAGUGCUCCAAGUCAAAAUAAAAAUCAUCAAAUCCCUUCCAUUAAAGCGUUAGAUUUUAUGAAAAAAUAUGGUUACCUACAAAUGGAUGAUGGUCAUUCUGAGGCGUUAUAUACUGAAGGUGGUAUAUCAGAAAUAAUUAAAGUGAUGCAAAGAUUUGGAGGAAUAAACGAAACUGGUGUUUUUGAUGAAGCUACACAGAAGCUGAUCACUUUACCUCGCUGCGGAGUUCCUGAUAUAAUUAAAUCAAACCGAAAAAGAAGAUAUAUACUUGGCCCGGAAGGGUGGGAGAAGAGAAAUCUUAGUUACUUCCUAGCAAAUUGGUCGCCGAAUCUCGGAGAAGAAUUAGUCCAAAAAAAUAUUCAGAAAGCCCUUGAUGUUUGGGGUGGUUACGGAAGGCUUCAAUUUAAUCGAAAAUAUUCUCAGGACGCAGAUAUUAUAGUUGCAUUUGCUCAAGGAUAUCAUGGAGACAAUAAUCCGUUUGAUGGACCCGGUAGUAUACUUGCACACGCUUUCUUUCCUCACCAACAAGAUGAUCAAGGAGGCGAUAUCCAUUUUGAUGCAGAUGAAAAUUGGGUUGAUAAAUCGGUUGCAGGCGAUUUAUCAGAAGGAACAGAUUUUUAUACGGUGGCCCUUCACGAACUAGGUCAUUCCUUAGGUCUAGCACAUUCCCCAGUACAAAGUUCAAUCAUGUUUCCCUAUUAUCAAGAUCCUGAAUCAGGUGUUCAGUUGGGCUACGAUGAUAUUUUAGCGAUGUAUGAUAUGUAUAUACGAAGAAUUUUGAAAGAAGAUAAAGUAAAAGCUUUAAGCAAUAAUGACAGUGACGAAUACUCAACAGUUACUACGUCGUAUGAUGAAACUGAGUCUUCAUCAGAACAGUCGACAGUAGAAACUGAUCCGACUAGCUCGUCACCAACGGAAUAUUCUCCAUAUUCGACAAGUUCUGCGACCACAGUUACGGACAGCUAUACAGACAUUUCCACUAUUUAUUGGCAUGAACAAGAAGAUGCUACGGUUACAUAUUCAGGUGAUGAUGAAUCGGUUGAAGUACAUAAAAAGCACGAUCAAACCCAUGGAAUACCAAAAAACAAUGCACCGAGUUUUCCAGAUAUAUGUGACGGUCAUGUAGAUUCGAUAGCAACACUAAGAGAUGAAUUGUUCGUUUUUCGAGAUCAAUAUAUAUGGCGGUUCAAAGACAUGAGAAGAUUAUUAGAAGGAUAUCCAGUUAAAUUACAAGAUAUGUUUCCAACGCUGCCAAACCAUAUUAAAAAAAUCAAUGCUGCAUAUCAGCGACCAGAUGGAAUGAUAGUUCUAUUUACCGGAAACGUUUUCUGGGUACACGAUGGCGAAAAGUUUUUGGAAAGCAGUCCCGAACCUUUAACGCAUUAUGGUCUUCCGGAAUAUCUAACUGAAUUAGAUGCUGUUCAGACCUGGAGUUUAAAUAGAAAAACGUAUUUUUAUAAAAACGAUCGUUUUUGGAGAUAUAAUGAAACUUCUAAACAAAUGGACCCAGGAUACCCCUUACACAUGCAAAGAUGGAGAGGAGUGCCAACAUAUUUAGAUGCUGCAACAACAUGGAAAGAUGGAAUCACGUAUUUCUUUAGGGGUGGACUAUUCUGGAAAUUUGACAACAACUGGAUAAUGGUAACAGAAGAAUCUCCAAUGCCUACUCCGAUGAUAUGGUUUGGAUGUUCAGAAAAUGACAAUAAAAUCAUGGAAUGGUUUUCAUAAGAUCUUAAAUUUAAUUCAUUACGUAUUUAUAUUCGUAAUUAUUCUUUUGUCAUUUCGCCUCUCUAUAAAACUAAGGUAAUAAAAAAUUAAUAGAGCAAUAA